UCCAACUCAAACCUCAACUACACUUUCUUUCACCCACAAAAUUUUCACUUUCUCUCAUCACCAAACACAUACUUCAAAACCCCACUUUCAACACUUUAAACUCUCUAACUACUACCCAACACUCCUCUUCAUCAAACUCAAUAUUUCCACCAUCUUUUUGUACACCUUCAAGAACUUGAACACCCCCACCCCACCCUACACCAAAAAAAUAAUAUGGAGAAUGAGAAAGAGUUACCACCACUAGUAGUGGAUCAACAAAACACUAAUUACUAUUCAUCAUCUUCUUCAAGUAGUAAUACAUAUAAAUCUAUAGAGACAUUGCUACUUGUACUAGCAGUAAUAACAAUAGUUGGUGUUAUUGCUAGUAUUAUUGCUAGGCUUUGUGGUGGUAGACAUUUUAGUGGUAAUGGUGAAGAUGAUAUUGAAGGAUGGGUUGAAAGAAAAUGUAGAAGUUGUAUUGAUGGUGGUAUCCCUAAUACUUCACAACCAUCACCAUCACCACCACCGCCAGCUAAAGAAGAAGUUAAGACGACGACGACGACAACAACAACAGAAGAAGAAGGAAAGAAGUAAAGAGAGAAAAUAGAACUAUAGUAAGGGUUCUCUUUUUUUUCUUUUUUUAUAACGGCGAUGUUCAGAUCAGGUUACAUGCAUUUAUUUUAUUAACAAAUUUUAUUUUUAUUAUUUUAGAAUGAUGAUAUAAUGAUAUGAAAUGAACGAUGAAAUUAUUAUUAUUAUUAUUAGUAUUAGUAUUAGUAUUGGAAUGGUGGCAGGGGUGGUCAGGAACUAAGUUCUUACUAGGUAGUAAUUUUUAUUUUAUU